GACGUUCGAUUCCAAGAUGGCGGAGACGAAUACGCCAUGUUUUUUGUAAUGUUCGCGCAUUAGAGAAUUUGUUUGAGGAUCGUAAUUCGUUUAAGCAAAAUGGCUGAUGAUGAUCCGUGGUCAUUAAAAGAAGACGGUUACUUAAACGUAGACACCGAGUGCAAGAGUAUAAUAUAUCAUCCAAAUUUAAAUGUGGUUUUAAUUACGACCGCCGAUGCCCAAGUUUACGUCUUCGAUGUCAACUCCGGGGUAAUUCUGCAGAAGACUUCCUUGUCUGGUAGAACCGAUGGCAAAAUAACCGGAGUCUACUUAGCCGAAGGCGUUGACAAAGUUUUGUACACCGAUGGUCGAGUAAUCGGCGUAAGGAGCGAUUACAACGGAGUUCUUUUACUCGACACAAUACUACAGACCCCGGUAUCUUGCAGCGAGGACAAAAUAAAACUAGAGCUUUUACUCACCGAAGCGAUUUUAUUGCAUCUGUGUCUACGAUGUGUGGAGUUGCCUGUCGUCGAUCACGUUCAAGAAGUACUCCAAGAAUUGUCUACAAAGAUCCAAGCCGCCCAAGAGGUUCAAAAGAAGAGCAUCAAAGCUCAAAAAUGGAAUACGGUGUGCCUAGAAUUACCUCACGUUGCACUAAAGUUGGUGUGCUCAGGACUGGUAGCGGAAUUGAAGCGUCAAAACAGGCAUAUUCCAGCACUGCCGAUCGCCUCCGCUAUCAACGAACAGUUGAACGGCCUAUUACCAGGCCUGAUACCUGAAGUCGGUCCCGCGGACAGAAUACUUAUGUUUAGCGAGGCUGCUCGACGAAACACAUUUGCAAAAUGGCCUCACAUGAAUUAUAACGACGUUCUUUUCAGAUGGGCAUUGCCGGACCAAAUGGCGCAAGCUGGAUUUUACCAUCAACCCAACUCGACGGGAGACGACAGAGCGAUGUGUUUCACUUGCAACGUUUGCCUAGUUUUUUGGGAACCGACGGACGAACCUUGGUCAGAGCACGAACGCCAUGCGCCUAACUGCCCGUUUGUCAAAGGAGAAUACACACAGAAUGUACCUUUUUCGGUUGUUCUUGCCACCGGUCCUGCGCAAGAAUCCGACGAUAGUGUGGAAAUAAUAAGCACAACAAACGUCAAAGGACUCACUGCUACUGCCUCGCACAAUGGCCUUGUCAACGUCUGGAACGUCAGCAAUCAGUUACGAAAGGAAAUGUCAGUGCUCGUAAGGAUGAGUAACGAAGAAGCGAGCGGCAAGGAAGGGAGGCAAAUUCAAGCGGCGAACAAUCUGGCGUCACCGUAUCUACCGACUCUUGGUUCGGAGCCGGACGCUCAGUCCGACUACAAGCCGUCGUCGGGAUCGCAAAAACUGGAAUUGACCGCUUUGACGAUUGCAGGAGGUCCAAAGCCAGAACCUGAAGAAUUGAGCAACAUGAGCACGACAGUUUCUGCAACUGUCGUGGAACCGACGAGCGGAGGAUUCCGACCUUGUCUGAUCUGCGGCGUGUCGGUGACAUCGGACAAUUCACCUCAGAUGCGAACGUUAGAAAAUGUCUGGGCUGCUCUUACGGACUCAGCGCCAGCCUCAUCCUUAGUUAGAGCAAUGAACAGCGUGAACAGUGCAGCCAGCGAUAGUCUGGACAUCAUGAAAGUGGCCGACCGGAGUUCGUCGACGACUUCACAUCGCCUAGUCGUCUACGAUUUUCACCACAAGAUGGACGCUUCGCAACCGACGAAGUCGGACAAGUCGAAAGACUCUAAAAGCAAGAAAGUAUCCUCUGGUACAGGGACCAGUGCCAGCUCGAACAGCGGACGCCAAGAGAGUCUCUACCAGGAACUUUUCCUCAGUGAAUUCUCGUGCAAGGUUCCCGUCAUAGAGGACGUCAUCGAGGACGUCGUCAUAGAGGACGUCGAUGAAAUGGUGAUCGGCGCCCACUUUGACGCUCUGAUAGCCUCCUCGUCCAACGGUCAGCUUCAGUGCUCGACUCCUAUCAACAUAGCCGUUCCUCCGACAUCCCCGUUUCCAUUCGACGCCAACUUCAAUCCCAUAAACGGUUCGGAACAGUUUGCAUCGGCGUCCGACAUCACCGCGCUUAACAAAAAGACGCUGGAAUUGACGAGUGGGUUGAAAACCGAACCAGUUGUUGUUCAGACAGUUGUCAUAGAUGCUCCGGAGGUUCAGAGAGUCGCUUAUGCCGUUUCAUCCAGGGACGGAAGGCAUUUGUACGUCGCUUUGUGCCCCGGACCUGAUAUUCCGCUUACUGAUCCACCGCCCGUUCAAAACACCAAUCGAAUGGAUGUAGACGAAGAGAGUGAAUUCUUGCUUCCCAAGAGUUACAUGUACUGGGAUCAGAACGAGGUCAAAUCGUCAAAGCCUGGUGUCAAUGGGGUGGCGAGAAACAACUCAAGUGAAUGUGGAGCCGUUUUACUCGUCUAUGCGUUUGAUCUAGGGGGUAAAGUUUUGAAGCUUAUUUCUGAACCGAUUGCCAGGCGAGAACUUCCAGCUUCACAAAUUCCUAUCGAACACGUGCUGUUGCCGCUUCAAGAAAAGAAUCGAAACUCUUCCGUUUCGUCCAGUUCCACUACUGUCACUUCUUCCCAAUUUGUAGACGGACCGAGAGGCCAGAUUGCAAUGGUCUGCAAAGACGGUGUCGUCAGAAUACUAGAUCUUGCCACACUGAAGACUCUCUCUGAAGCAAAACUUGAGGGUAGCAAGUUUAUUUCCGCUACGUAUUGCAACAGUUUGGAAAGGUUGUGCGCAUGUACAAACGAAGGUGCGCUCCACUUUUUUGCUAUCGUAGAAGAAGAAGAUUCUAUCGAAGAGAAAGAGGAUAUCGACGAUGUAAAUAUGGUCACAGAGAUGGGAUCGAGAAACAAUGUUCACACCGCUCCUAGCACAUCUACGAGCUCAGUUAUCUAUCAAGAUCCUAUAUUGGCGCACAGAACGAAUCUCUCGUACUCUGAUCUGAGGAUGUUGUACGAGCUGACGAGAUUUAAUCGACAUUCACCAGCCUAUGGAGCUACCGUACCGCCUUGUUGGAGCGAGAUGAUGCAGGCGCAGAGACAACGUCGCCAUCCUCAGCACCUUCACCAGUCGGAAGACCAACACCACACGCGUACUUGGCGUCUUCAAAAUGACGCAACAACGUGGGAUGAACACGUGUUUGAAUUGACGUUGCCUCGGAGUGCGACGGGUACCAUUGGCCACGUCGAUGUGAGGUUUAGUCUUCAUUCUCCGUGUCCGGAGCUUCCGGCGAUCCAAGUUACCCUGCUGAAGCAAAAAAUAACCGGCAUCGGUUAUUACAAGUCCCCGUUAACUCCUGUAGACGAAAGGAUACACUUCGAUAUUGGAAGUGAACAAAAAAGUGAAAAUCCUGUAACCACCGAAGAAUACUUGCGACAGCAUAAUACUGAGAUUUUAUGUGGUCCGAUCAACCUACAAAGAUGCACAGAUCUCUCCGAUCAUUCCGGCUGCGUCACUUUAACUAGCCCAAGACUUUUCCGAUCAAAAGCGAGAACCAUUCUCGUUCACAUCAAAGCGCUGAUCGAUCCUGUCAAAGAUAGAGCAACGAUGAAAUCUCGAAUUAAUGUAAUGGAGACGAAACCACAGACCUCGAAAAAACUGAAAAUAGGCGAAGCUGGUCCUUUAUUGCCUGGUGCCAUAGUGGAAAGGCUUGCAGCGAGCGCCAACAAAAAACUGGAAUGCUAUAUAGGCUGUGAUUGGAUUCACGAAAUAUCGAUAACCUUGAGAUCGGUGCAUUCCACCGACGUACCAAAUGAGAGAAUACAGCGCUGCUCGAUGUUCGAUUCGAAAAUGUUUAUCGAAAAUAUACUUAACGUCGCAUGCCUGCAAGGAUCAGAGAAAUCACCCGUUGUGCAGUCUCUCGCGUUAGACGUGCUGAUUUGGGUAGUUGCAAUACAAUUGACGAGGUUGCGAGUUAAUCAGAAAGUGAAGAACGCACAGUUGGAAACUAUACGAUCUGUACAGUCGCGUCUUUCAGAUCUUUUGCGCACCGGUCUUUUACACGCCGGACGAAGUAUAGCCCAUAAAUGUGUCAAGUUGAUCAUUUUGUGCAGCGAGGGCCUUCAUAAUUUGGAUGAACCUUUGCCGCAUGCUUUUGACGAAGCGGUCUUGUCGGUUUUAGUGACACUGCUUCCGUCAGUAGCGGGAGUUCAAUGGGCGGGUUCUUUACGAUGGCUAGCGAUACUUAUCAUCAGGUUAUUACCACUCGAUAGGAAUCACAGCGUUGCUCAGCAAUGCAUAACGCUGGUACAGCAAAUAGCAACGGAAAUGUCCAACAGAGUGAAUCCUUAUCAUUUACUGCUGGCGACGAGAUUUGGAUUGUACAAUACGCCUUUUGAAAUGGAAUUGUUCGACGUUGAACCUCCUAUGCCGGCUAAAUUCAGUUCGAUGCCUAUAACUUAUGCAAGCAUAGUGACCGGAGAACAAACCGGAGCCUCCGUCACAGCCAGUAAUUCACUGCACUCGCAGGACACGAUUGAUCUAAGGGAUCUUUUGGCGCUUCCUGCGCAUCCGACAAGCGAGUUGAAAGUGCCUAGCAAGCUUCGUGCUCUUUGCGCGAACAAUAAUAUGAAAGGCCUUCUUGAGGUUGAACCUCUGCACUUCACUUGUCACGCGGCAUCGGAUGGUACUAAAAUGGAAAAAAUUGAUCCUGGAAUAAACACAGUUAACAUUGGUACAGCGCUGUAUGAAAGUACCAAUGCAAACACCAAUAAGAGCAGCGCUAGCAAUAACAACAACAACAACAACAACAGCAAUAAUCAUAACAGCAAUCCUCUACCAGACAUAAAAAUUAUUAGCCACUCAUACAAUUUGGGUGCUGUAGAUCCAGAUCUUCAAGCUAAGUUGACAACAAAAUUAAGUAAUCUACUUAGUCAAUAUAAAGCAGAAAUGUCAAAAAAGCCAGCGACGCUAUUGUCGCUUACACCUGAUGACCAAUCAGACAGUGACGAGGCUAACAAUGUGCCUGGUGAAUUUAAAAUCUGGCACAACGCUCAAAACGAUGCCUCUAACCCUCAUAUGAUAGCUUCUUCCAAAACGAAAGAAAACUCAUCGGUACCAAAAGCUAGUACAGCUACAAACAAAAUUGAGGACAACCAUGACAAGAAGCGAGAGGACGUCGUAUUUCCAUGGGGGAGGCUGCUCUGCUGGCCUCCGCAACACGUAUUGGUAGUCGAACGAAUGCAUUCCGGAGCCAGGCGUUUCGUUGUUUUGGACUUCGGUUCACCCGUGCUGCUGACCGAUCUAAUGAUUCCUUCGUGCAGCGAUUUGGUCUCAUUGUCUAUUGACAUUUGGACAAAGAGCGAGGAAAGCGAUGGAACUCGUCUAUUUGUUGCUGGAGAUAUCGGCACCAAGCCGUUGGUCGUUAGCGAUCUACAACCGCCUCCGGUUUGCCGUUACCUUAAGAUUACGACAAUUGGUCGUUACGGUAUGUCUACGACAAGGUGCAAAAUACCGUUAGGCAUGUUUUACGGACACAUGCUCGUUCUGCCCGGCGAAGAUUACUCCGAAUUGAACUCUUCCCAAGUCGCACACAGCAGUAGUACGGAUGCGAAUAUGUACGCAUCCAUAGAAGCUCAGUGUAGCAUUUUGUCCGCUCUUGCCGAAGAUGUGCAGUGCAGGUUCAGCUUGGCAACGGAACGAUUGAAAAGUCUUUUAGACCCUCUGUUGUGUACAGAAACGCCAAACGUUGUUCACAUGCAAAAUUAUUUACAUCAAAGUAAACCUUGGAACGAAAAUAUCGAACAAUCGUCCGCAAAGAUUUUGUCCACGUAUCAAGAGUGUAUAACGUUUCAACAUCAGCUUAAUAUCGUUCGAGGUGUUUGGCGACGACUCGAAUCCUCGAGAGGAUCCCAAGAUACCCCUGUACUUUCUUUGGGCAGCGCACCCACCGAUAAACUGAAAGUUCUCGGAGAAACUUUACUCGACAUUCUUCUCUACACCGUUUAUGAAAUCGGUCCUGUGCCUAGCAUUCCUAUGACACUUUGUGACGUAUUUACACCAAUAAUCUGCGACAAGUUCUUCCAUUCUAUUUGCGUCGUAACUGCCGCGCCUAGGCUACAACUUUAUGCCGUGGCAUUGUUGGCUCGUGUCGCGGGCCAUCAACCGUGGUGGGGAGACUUCCUGGCGAACACAUUGAUCAAUUUGUACUCUGCGUCUUGCACUCACAUAUUUCCACAAGACAGGGUGUUCAUACUGUUGACAUUCCUUGGACGCAAGUCACUGAUAGCAGGAGCCAACAAAUCAUCGGUGAUAGACGCAAUGGUUCGGACGUUGGGAAGGCUGUUAGCUCCUUUGUCUUUUGCUCAAGGAUCGAACGCGAGUCGUUUGGAUACAACCCUGAUCGGUUGGGUUUUACUUUUUCUUUCAGUUUGUUUGGACACAACUGCGACCCAACCAGUUGCGCAAGAAGAAAAUAACGAGAAAUACAAAGAUCAAGCUGUGUCUACAAGAUGGGAAUUCAUUCAGGGAGAAUCGGCAAUGCAACGGAAAUUUGUUAACGCUAGUCGUUCUUCGGCCUCACGAAGUUAUCGCAGAAAACUACAAAAACGUUUAAUGCAUCAUAAACAACAGCUCCAAAAUCUCGAACAGGCCAAAAAAGCUUUAAACGCUUCAACGCAAGUACAAGCUUUGUCUGCCCUUUCGUCGCAGGCUGCGUCUUUGUCUAGCAAACUUGAAGCGGCGUUUAAACAGCAGGAACACUUUUUUAAAAAAACAUUGAAACAGCAUUCUGCAAAACAUUGCAAGGAUCUUCUAAGCAUUAGACGAAACGAAUCCCAACAUUUGUCUCGUAGUCCACGGUUGCAGCCACAGUCUUGCUCUAGUAAAUCUGAGGGAUUGGUAGAAGCAGAAACUGAACCUGCAGGGAAUUUGUCACACACGCAUUGUUUGCCAGUCGCCCGAAGUCUUGUGGCUCUUAUAUUGAAUAAUGCUGCCAAUGUUGAUAUGUUCCUCUUGGCCUGCAAAGUCGUUGCUAGAUUAAUCGUCUCUACACGCCCAGCGAUCAGUUUGGGCGAACUUAUGACCGAGGAACAAUUGUUCAAAUUAAUCAGGCUUGGAACUGGCGCUUCAGAUGCAGCGUGGGCGUCACAUGCGGUUUCGUGCCUUUUGCAAGAUUUGUUGGAAGGCGGGAGACUAUUUCCUAAAACGGCGUCAGGGCACGAAGGAAGCCCGUCGGAAGAAAGUUUCGACUCUUCGUUGGCGGCCGAAGAAAACACCGCCACAGACGAAGACGCGGCAGGUGCAGCCCAAGCAAGUUGUUCCGCAACUACAUUCGCUAAUGAAAUUACCGAGGCUGAUUUCGAUGGGGACGAGGACACGCAAGACAGUGUUGCCAUUACUUCCGCCAGUGCCUCGACGUCUAAAUCAAAUGGCUUUACGCUUCCCUCCUUACUCGAAUCAGACGACAGCGAACUUGAAGAUUUUCUAGACGACAUUUUGGAGCGCGGAAGAAAUUUACUUAAAAAAGGAAACGCAGUAUCUAAAUUUCCUACUUCUGCUGGCUCAGGCAGCAUUUCUCUGGCCGUUGAUACGAGGCUCGAAUAUGGCGUUGAAACAGGGGUAGAAAUUGCUCUCAGGAGAUUGUCGACGUUGGGUGCAUGCAACUUACCGCUGAGUGUAAAUGCCACGAUCCAAGUUCCAUUAGAAUCCAGCCGCUACACGCAGCCGGAAGCAAUGAGAAAUUCUGGCUGGACGGACAGAGCUCAAGACAAUUGGAACACAAAUGACACAGUUCCUUCUAGUCUGCGCAUGCUGACUCGCUGUUUUGAAAAAAUAUUCACAGAUUUGUAUCUACAAAAUACGGGCACAAGUUUGCAACUUGUACUACAAUUAUGGUUGACCUUGAAUUUGGACGGUGUUUCCGAACCGUCGAGCAAUUCAAGCCUGUUCGAUCCUUCGUUACUGCCAGCGAUACCUCUAAGCUCUGCAGCGAUUUCGGGUCUGAUAUCUGCGCUGUCUUGGCAUCCAGGAGUAUCCCUUCGUGUUUGGUGCGUCGCUCUGCAAUGUCUGACUCUGGCGAGUAAUCAACCUCUAAAAACAACUACGGAAACUAUAGACGUAACUAACAACAGCCAACCGCUCGACGGUCUUGUCGGCGGCAUGGCUAGCUGCAUUAUAAAAGAACCAAACAUCGGCCCCAUGCUGCUGCGCCUUUUCUCAGGCAACGGGCUGAACGUUGACACUACGGAUAAGCAGUAUGUAAUGGCGGGACCAACCGUCUGCCAAGCAUUGCAAGAUUUCUUGGUGAGGCUCGAAAUGAGAUGUGACGUUAUAUCACCCAGCAGUUCAUUAGGCAACGCUUUGAAGGAACUUUUGCUUUGGGUUGUUUAUCAACUCGUACAACCCGGAGGGGCUCUAGUUGCACGUCGAGGUCCGCUGGACGCUCAAUGCAAGCUCAUCACCUCUCUCAUCAAUCUUAACUUCGCCAAUACGGACCUGGGAACUGCAAUGAGCAUUUCGGAAUGCGUUGGCGUCUUGGUCUCCUCUUACGUGAGGGGUUCUGGUGUUGGAGCACAAUGUGGCGGUGCUGUUGAUAACGGCAGUCAGUCUGGAGGGUUCGGAGGGUUGUUCGCGUGCGUUCUUGGUGGAGAUUCGAGGCAAGGUCGGCCGGCAUCUUGGGACACUUUAGUCGUUGCUCUUAUCAAAUUAGUCUGCAAACUUAUCCAAACGCCUCUUCCCAACGCGAGAUCAACCAGACAAGAAAGUGCGUCGGAUAUGGAGAUUGGUGAAGCGACGCCAAGAUGUAGUUCAAACAGCAGCGUCGAUCAAGAAAACUUGAACACCUCUCAGACGGAUGAGAGCAAAGUCGCUGAACAGCAAACUUCUUAUAGAAUUCAUCAGUCCAACACCGCCAAACGCAUUCCAUGUGUCGCUGAUACCGUAUUACAGCACGAACCGACAAUGAUGAGGCUUUUGGGUGCUCUUGGCCACAGCACAGGAUCUUCUUUGGCUAUGCUGCUCGGGGAAGGUGCCGGAGCAGCUACGGAAUUAGGCGACCCUUCGUCGAUUCCCGAUGCUACUUUCCAACUAUUGUCUACACUUACCAGAAAAUCCAGUAGUCCUACACUGGUUCUCAAUCCGCUUUAUCAGUAUCUUGCGUCAUCGUGCGGACAAAGCGAAGGAGAGCGACAAUUGGGCGUAAUGCAAUUAUCAGAGCCCUUGCUGUGGUACAUAUUAAGGGUGCUCGACAACGAGGCAUCUUUGGCGGUAUUCACAAGCAUGGGAGGUGUAAAAGUGCUGUGCGAUAAUUUAGUAAAAGCGAGCAGCAGUAGCAGCGGCAGUAAUUCGGCGUCUCCUGGUGUGAUCGCACUUGUCAUGCAGCAUCUUUCGAACUCGCCACAUUUCGCCCAUGUCGCCGCAAGCAACAAAAAGUCACCCAACUCUCUGGAGUCAUACGAGGAUGGAUUACUGAAUUUUGCACCGCUCGGAACGAUUUCUUGGUCAAAUCCUACCGCCCAACCUGCCGAUGUUCUAAUUCAGAGCGCCGCUCCGCACAGAAGAGCCAGAACAGCUGCAUGGUCUUAUCAUUUUUAUCCUGACGAAGCCUGGGUCGAUCUGACCAUCACAUUACCUUGUGCAAUUCUGCUCAGAGAAGUCGAGCUGCAACCUCACCUCACAGCAUUGGCCACUUGCCCGUCUGCGGUUGCUUUGGAAAUAUCGAGGGAAGGAAAUACAACUUUAACUCCUGUGUGUCCACCGAUGCCUACUGCUGGACUGACAUUCAUAAGACUAACUUUGUCGCAACCAGAAGUGGCAACGGCGGUUUUGGUGAGACUCUACAAACCGCGAGAUUCUACCAACAUUGGAUUGAGUCAGAUACGAUUAUUGGGAACAACUGCUUUUGGUGAAGUAAAAACUACCACCGAGGCAAUAGACGAGGAACAAUUAACAAAAACUAGCUUAGGUUGGCUCCGACUAGUACAUCAGUGCCUCUCAGUGAGCAUGUCGAACAGCAGUUUAGCAGAGGAUGUACUGAACUCGGCAGCGUCGGUCGAAGGGCUAAUGGAGGCCUGCUGUAAUCUGCUACUGCUUCCAGCUCCGUCUCUUUUCACUCCAAAUUUAGAAAGAGUCCUUCUACAAUUGGGUCUUCACUCCCGAGAUCUCGGCUUGCGCCUAAUAAACUUGCUACUGAAUAACAGAUCGACCGUCCUCCUUCAAGUAGCUGGAAGCCAACAAACAUCGACGGUUCAAUUAGUGGUGGAAUUAUUGCAACAGCUCUGCUGUGUCCAGGAUGAGGGAACCGAAGCGCGAAUUUUGGCAGUGCUUUCCUGGCUUUACAAUUCGGCAACCAAUGCGGUCACCAGAUUUAACACCAGUGCUAAUCCAGCGUCACCGUCAGCCAUAUAUGUUCAUUGUAUUUCUGGUAUCAUAUGGAAAGCUCACAAACGAAACGAUCUCAAUUAUGAUCUGCAAAGUUUGUUGACCAACGAGUUAUUCAAUGCUCUAUACGAAUGGAGCUUGACGCUCGGAACAUACUCAGCAUUGAAACAAGCGAUCGACGCUGCGAUUUGCGCUCUCUGCUACGUGAGGCCGACGCUGUUCCCACUCUUACUUCAGAGAGUGAGGAUAUUGGUUCCCAAUCUGGCCACCGAUCAUUCCGCUUCUAUAUCCGACGAUCGCAAGGAAAGCGAGGGGCAGACUGACGACAGGAAGAGUGAAAACGACGCCGAGGAGUGGUACUGCAGAUUGGUAUUACCCGAUUGCAAAAGGCUGCACCUCACCGAAGGCCAGUUACUCACUGUUGCUGCGGCUGCUCGAUCGCCACAGGUUACUCAGCAGCUCAUAGACUCAGGUCUUCCAGCUCUUCUGACUGCCUCCAUCGCAGAAUUCUGUAUCAUGGAAAAACUGAAACAAGGAGUAGCUCCCGAUGUAAGAUAUUGCACAGGCGUUAUGGGUAAUCAAAGCUUGACGGACAACGACAAAGCUGGCGAAUCAUCCCAUCAAACGAAUAACAAUUUAGAUGGAUUGUGUAUGACAGAACCCGAGAGUAUAUCAAUGGUUUUGGAGUUUUUGUCACUCCUUUGUUCGGAGGGUAGAAUGCGCGAUUGGUUAGGACGAGAGGGUAAAAAUUUUUGGUUACCGCUUUUGUCGCUACUCAGUAAUCGUCCGAUUCAAAAUCCUUCCAUCUGUUUGUCCAGGUGUUCGGAAACCAAUGUCUCCUAUUCUGGCUUGGAAAGUGCUAUGAUAAAGUUCCUGUCUCGAUGCUGUUGGUGUCACCCGGUGAAUCAGAAGCUACUCGCCGAGGUGUUAACGGAUGUUAUUUUACAGCAAAGAACACCGCCAAGCAUGAGAUAUUUGCACGGAAUAUCAGGAUUCACACGCCGAUUGAUUCUUCAAUUAUUAUUGGAGGGCGAAAAAGUUUCAGUCGCUAUUAGUUCCGAAGUACCGAUGAAGGUCGCUGUGACAGACGCUAAGCACAACAUGCCGUCUAUGCCUCCGCACCCGGCGCAUCCACUCGGUCAUUACCAUCAGCUACUUUAUCUUCCUACUCGAGCAACGGUAGCUGAUAUUCUACAGCAAGUAUCGGGAACUUGGCUUCCUUCGAUGCUUCCGUCAACUUGCAAAGGAAAUGAAACCAGCGCAUCCGGCACGAGUCGUACCCGCGAAUUGUGGGAGUCUGGACUAGCCUUAGUAGCAGAUUCGCUCAGCGUUGCUGCUGGAAAUACAGCCAAAGAUAAACGAGCCAAAGAAGUAUCGAACAGGACUCAGAUGCGCGGUCCUAUCCUGAGGAUUCGAUCAAAGCCUGACGGAAGUCCGAUGGCGGGAAAAAGUUCUUCUAACAGCCUUCAUGGCGGUUCGCCGAACACUGCGAAUCAACAGUUUUUAACUCACGUAUCCCAUCCAGAUGUGCCGUUGCCGCCGCAACUUACUGUUGCUCAAUUGUUGGCAAUAGCAGAAGAUAGCGGAACGUCUCUGUCAGAACCUUGUCUUUACCUAUCGUUAUGUCAAUGCACUAAAGAAUCCAAAGAGGAUAUGACAAAACAGAGCGACAACGAUCUACUCGAACAUCGAAGUGCCGAAAGUUCACUCGGUGUUUUCAGCUCGACAGGCGGUUUGGCAGUCCUGGCGACGCAUCUACCUCUUGUCUAUCCGGACUCUGGUAGAUCAGCGCCAUACACAGAGAAAUCGCCAUCGCCGGACCAGCCGGACGCAGACUGGGUAAAAGUGGAGGCGAGCGAUGACAUUUACGAGGACUUGGAAGGCGUAAGCUCUGGCUCGCCAAGAGCGCCUCCCCCCACGCCUCACAUCCCGCCUCAUUCACUGGCUGCCUUUGGCCUUUUCCUCCGGCUUCCAGGCUACGCCGAAGUUCUCCUCAGAGAUCGAAAACGAGCUCAAUGUUUGCUCCGACUGGCUCUCGGCGUACUUGAUGACGGCGACGGCGGCGACGUUCUCGCCUCUCCGUUGGCGGCUUCGCUGCCGACGCUUCCGUUCCAGGUGCUUAAACAACUUCUCGAAACUACGCCUCCGACAACAGACGACGGUCUCCUACUAAGGCGAACUAUGAUCGACGUCGGCGCCGUUCACCUUCUGCUUAACUGUCUGGCGAUCUUCACGCAUCAGACCGGAAGCGGCGAGGGUGUGGAGCAGAAAACUGGCCAGAGCAAUGGUCGCAGCGACGACAAAUCGCACUUGUAUUGGGCGAAGGGGACCGGAUUUGGAACGGGAUCGACGCAGCAGUCUUGGAACGUCGAACAGGCUCUGUUGAGGCAGCGAUCGGAGGAGGAACACGUCACAGUUUUGCUUCAGGUCAUCGCGAGCUACGUCGGACCUGGAGGUCCUCCUCAGAGGGAGUUGCCAGUUACGUUCGGCGAACUUUUGGCGCGCUCUUGUCUUCUACCCGCGCUCUCCUCCUACCUGAGAAACGACUCGGUGCUCGACAUGGCCAGGCACAUUCCGCUCUACAGGGCGAUACUGCAGCUGCUCAGGGCGAUGGCGCUCUCCGCCCAGUUGGCUCCGCUGCUGUUGCCCAGGACGAGAAGGAGCAACGAACCUUCGAUCGUUUCGCUUUUGUCCAGUAUGAAAGUCUGCGUCAAUACUUAUAUGCACAAGAUCAAUCGGACCAAGAGUGGCAAGUCUAAGACAGCUUCCAAAUACACGGAUGAUACCGAACAGGAUGAGGGAUUGGCCACGCUCAUACCGGACAUACAAGAAAGCGCUGCUAUCGUGCAAAGCGCAACCUCCAGGCUUUCAGGCAUAGCUGAGGAACUCGCCGGGCCUAGUCCGAUCGCCUCUGAACUGCCGCUGAGGUCUGUUGAACAACGGUAUCUCGAAGUCAUGAAGAAUCUGCAAUUCGAUACCUACGAAAUGAUAUCAGAAAACUCGGAUGCCGGUGGCUACAAAUUUGUCGUUUCUUAUCACUUUGAGUCGAACAUGAGAGCAGCCGGUGAACGAAGUCAUCCAACUAGGGUAAAAAGGCUAGCGCAGGAAGCUGUUACUCUUUCUACUGCUCUACCGCUCUCAUACAGCAGCAGCGUGUUCGUCAGAUGCGAUGCGGACAGGCUCGACGUUAUGAAGGUAUUGAUAACAGGACCAGCGGAAACUCCAUACGCAAACGGAUGUUUCGAAUUCGAUGUCUACUUUCCCCCAGACUAUCCGAACAGUCCGAUGAUGAUAAACUUGGAGACAACUGGUCGGCAUACGGUUAGAUUUAACCCUAACUUGUAUAAUGACGGCAAAGUAUGCCUAAGUGUUUUGAACACGUGGCAAGGUCGACCAGAAGAGAAAUGGAAUGCCCAUACCAGUAGUUUUCUUCAGGUUUUAGUCUCCAUACAAUCGUUAAUUCUGGUAGCAGAGCCAUACUUCAAUGAGCCAGGCUACGAGCGAUCACGAGGAACAUCCAGUGGAGCUCAAUCUAGUCAAGAAUAUAACGCCAAUAUUUGUCAAGCUACUGCCAAGUGGGCAAUGCUUGACCAAAUACGGAACCCCUGCCCCUGUUUUAAGGAGGUCAUUCAUACACAUUUUUGGAUAAAACGACACGAAAUUGUCGCGCAACUCGAAGGGUGGAUAAGAGACAUGGAGCAACACGGGGCUGAUCGCCGAUCUGGUCGCACCAUAUCUCUCAAUGCGUUGGCACUAAAGAGACAUUAUAGACUGCUCAGAGAUGAGCUGAACAAGUUGCCAACGCCGGAAGGUUUGGAGGAUCUUGUGGAACCGCUUCCAUCGCCUGGUUCGCCUUUGGAACUUGUCGGCACACCCGGCAGUCCAAGCACACCGCCGACACCAACAGCUACGCAGACAUCGGUUACAAGCAACACGGUAACACCGGUCAGCAAUAUCGAACAGGCAAACAUUCUGAUGCACCACGACAUUGACACGGACGUUGAGAUGGAAAAAAUGGUUUCAAAAGUGUGUGAAUAGAAAGGGCUGAACGAUGAUUUAACCGGAUAUUAUAAAUUGUUGGACCUUUUGAAAAGUCUAUCGUGUUACGUGUUACGAACAAUAAUAAUGGAUUGAUCAUAUUCGAUGAUGUCAGGGGGGUGAGAUCGAAACUGGGCGGGGUUAAGGCAAAAAAUUCCCGAAAACCGGGCUAAGAAAACGACGUACAGGUAUAAUUGAAUCGAUUAAUGAACGUUGCGUGUCUGUAUGUAUGUAAGUAUCUAAUUGCUCUCACAAAUUAGACUACACGUCGUCUUCUACUCUUUUCAUUAUACCGCGUGUACUGUUCAAGUACAACAAAUGUUACUUGAUAUUUAUUAUACAUAUUAUGUUCCUCAUUUAUGUAGCUGUGUUUUACCUCCCAUCCCAUUCCUAGUACGUGAAAUGCGACCUGACCUAAGAUCUAAGAUAUUUUCUUCGAGACAAUGAAAACUGGUACGUCGUUGUGUAGCAAGUCAAUCAUUAGUUUUCUUUAGUUUUUCUUUUUUCUUUACUUUUUUUUUCAUCUUUUCAAGAGGAAAAUGUGAACAAAUACAUAAACCGCUAUCAUGGAGCGAUAAAUCGAAAAAUAUGAAAAAAAAAUUUUUAUUUUCGAAUCUAUACUACUUUGAAAUAAAGACGUAGCAAUUAUGUGUAAUUGUAACUAAUCAGACAACCGUAAUUUCAUAUGAAAUGAUCCUUAAAAUGAAUAAAUAGAAAGAAUGAAAAAAAGAAACAAAAAAACACAAGAACAACGCAAAAUUCAAGGAAUAAAGUUAUUUCUGUUUUCAAUUUUGUUUUAAUAUAUUCAACACCCACAAGUUAGGUUUUUACGUGCCUUUUAUCAAUUCAAACAUGGACUUCGCGCCGUUCGUGAAAAAAUAUUUAACAUGAAUAUUGAUUGCCAUUCUACAUGAAAGCGUUCUAGAUUGACGAUAGAAUGUUUUAAAAAUAAAUUGUACAAUUUACAGUUAAAAAUUCAUGUGAAAUAUUUCAUCGCUAACCUCGCGGUGUGUAGGUAUAUACAUAUAUGUAUAGAUAUUGUAUACAUUAUGGUAGCUCUUAAUUAUCGGUCCU